AUGAAGAUCAUUAUCACGGGGGCCACUGGUUUUGUCGGGAGGGAAGUCGUGGUCCAAGCGAUCGAGAACCCGAGGAUUUCCUACAUCAUUGUACUGACGAGGCGCAAUAUUGACGAGACACUGAGCCAAAGUCCCAAGGUGCAGGUGAUCCGUCACAAGGACUUUUUAUCAUACCCGACAGACCUCCUCCAACAACUCUACGGAGUCCAAGGUUGUAUUUGGUGUCUGGGAGGGAAGGUCGAGGACUUUCCCGAUCUCCAGACUGCGAGGACGGUCGGCGUGGAUUUCACCUUGGCCGCCGCCAACGCCUUGGUGAGAGGUGUCUGUCCGACUCUGCCACCGGGACAGAGACUCCGGUUUGUCUUCUGCAGCGGCAACGGCGCGGAAUGGGACCAGGACAGGAAGCUCUGGCUGUUCUCCGACACGCGGAAACUGAAGGGCGCUGCUGAACGGGGUUUGCUCGACAUCGCCAAUACCCAUCCAGAUGUGUUUGAGGUAAUCGUGCUCCGGCCCGGUGGGGUCGUGCGCGAUGAGAGCAUCUUUCUCGGCAAGAUCGCAUCGCUGAUGACGCCCGUCGUCACGGUUACUCAGCUGGCGAAGGCGCUGGCGAGAUUCUGCAUCGACCCACCGCCAGAGAAGGUCGUUGAGAACCAGCAAAUUCUGAAGCUUGGCUCUUGA